GGUAUAAACAUGCAGACUGAUGAACACAAAUGAAAGCAAAAGAAAAGGUGAAAACCACAGGAAGAGGCCAGGAGAAUGUGGAAUUGAAAGUUUCCUUGAAGAAGAGAAUUGUUGGGUAUUUUGGCCCUUUUCCUCUGUCUUAAUCCCAAGGUCAAAUCCUCCAUCUUUCCCCUUCCUACAAAGCAAAUUUUGAGGUUCAUCUUCAUUUGGGCUGUCUACUUAAUUAUACAGGACUUGAUUGCUCAUAUCAUCUCAUCACCUUCUUCAUAGAGGUCUUCAUCUUGCAGCAUCAGAACUCAACUGUGUGACAGAACUAGUCUUAUUCAACAACUGAAGAGGUAAAACAAGACCAUGUCUUUAGUUAGGCCAGCGGAGCUCUCCACCACAUCUUACAGAAACUUCAAACUCUACUCUCUAAAGGGCAGCAAUGACAGUUCCACCUUGUCCACUCAAACAUUUAUCUCCGAUAAGCAUAAGACUCUGUAUGCGGCUGAUCCUGACUCCGCUGAGAGCUAUGAGAACUUGCUUGACUCCCCAAUGGAAGAAAUUGCAAAACCAUCUAGCUCUGGCAUUUCUGGAAAUUCAACUAAUCCACAAGGUGACUCAUCUUACCAGCUCAGAGCUGGAUCAGUUUCCUCCUUGAACACUCAAAAUCCAUUUAACACUUCUUUAAUGUCCAUGAGGCAACAUGAUGCUUAUCAAUCCAAUUUUGAAUCAGAUUACUUUGAGAGUCAAAGCCCCGAUGCAGAUAGCUUUGAUGAAGAUAAGAUGAGACUGAAGCUUCAAGAAUUGGAGCGAGCACUUCUUGAGGACAAUGAUGAUGAAAAUGAUGAGGAAAUAAACUGCAGUAGUCAAAGCAUGGAAGUGGAUGGUGAAUGGACCGAUCCAAUCCAGAAUGAAUUGCUCCAUGACUCACCCAAGGAGUCUUCAUCAUCUGAGUCUAAUGUGAGCAGCAUCAGCAGCAACAAAGAAAUAACACAAGCUUCUCCUCAGACACCCAAGCAGCUGCUUUACAACUGUGCUGGUGCACUUUCAGAGGGCAACAUCAAAGGAGCAUCAACAAUGAUAAGUGAGCUCCGGCAGAUGGUCUCGAUUCAAGGAGAUCCUGCUCAGAGGAUUGCAGCUUACAUGGUAGAAGGCCUCGCAGCUCGCGUGGCUUCGUCAGGAAAAAUUAUUUACAGAUCUUUGAAAUGCAAGGAACCCCCAUCCUCUUAUCGCCUUGCAGCCAUGCAAGUCCUUUUUGAGGUGUGCCCUUGCUUCAAAUUUGGCUUUAUGGCUGCAAAUGGAGCCAUUAUAGAAGCAUGUAAAGAUGAAAAAAAAGUUCACAUAAUAGAUUUCGACAUAAGCCAGGGGAAUCAAUACAUAACACUCAUACAAACACUUGCUAAUCGGCUAGGUAAGCCACCACACUUGAGGUUAACAGGGGUUGAUGAUCCUGAGUCUGUUCAACGUCCUGUUGGGGGCCUUAACAUCAUUGGACAAAGGCUCGAGAAGCUUGCCGAAGCACUUAAAGUUCCAUUUGAGUUUCAAGCAGUGGCCUCGAGGACUUCAAUCGUCAAUACCUCAAUGCUGGACUGCAGGCCCGGGGAAGCACUUUUGGUAAACUUUGCUUUUCAGCUUCACCACAUGCCUGAUGAAAGUGUUUCAACAGUAAACCAGAGGGACCAGCUUCUUCGGAUGGUCAAGAGCUUGAGGCCAAAACUCGUUACAGUUGUAGAACAAGAUGUGAACACCAAUACUACCCCCUUUUUCCCAAGAUUUAUUGAAGCCUACAAUUACUACUCUGCUGUUUUUGAUUCCCUUGAUGCAGCUCUCCCAAGAGAGAGUCAGGAUAGGAUGAAUGUUGAAAGGCAGUGCCUGGCACGGGACAUAGUGAACAUUGUUGCAUGCGAAGGAGAGGAAAGAAUAGAGCGUUAUGAGGUAGCUGGAAAGUGGAGGGCUAGGAUGACCAUGGCAGGAUUUACUUCAUGUCCUAUGAGCACAAGUAUAACUGAUUCAAUUCGGGAACUUAUCAGACAGUACUGUGACAGGUACAAGGUGAAGGAGGAGGCCGGUGCACUUCAUUUUGGAUGGGAAAACAAAAGUUUGAUUGUUGCUUCAGCAUGGAGGUGAUGAUGUUGAUGGAUAUGUAUCAUUUAGUUCCAAACUACUGUUAUGCUUUCAUUCAGUCUUGUACUUAUAGUUUUGUGUGAGAUCAAGACGUACACUGAUACAGGUAAUCGUAUUCGGAGUUAAUAAAUAAGGACCUAGGGAGCUGCUACGUAUCUAA